GGAGACACAACCAAUAUAAACACACAGACAGGAGCUGGGGAACAGGUGGAAACACUCAGCAAUCAGGCAGGACACACCAGAGACACACGAGGGAAGGCCAAGUGUCCUGAAACGAGAGACGUAUAAAGAGACCAGAGUCUGUAGAAAUCCACCUGAGAAGACUGAGAAGCUGCCUGGUUCUCAUCUCCAGCCAUCAUGAAGCUUUACGGAGCUCUGAUCCUGAUGUGGAUGGUGUCCGCAGUGUGUGGAUUAGAAUGCUUCUCCUGUGUGAAAUCCCCCCCUGAAUCCUGCAACAAUACUAUGACUUGUGGUCGCAAGGCCGACUACCAGUGCUGGUCCAACAAAACAGACGGUCUCGUCAGUAAAGGCUGUACGAAGGGAUGUGAACCUCCUGUGGUUUGUUGUAACACGGACUUGUGCAACAGCGCAACACCAACUGGUUCCAGCGUCCUCUUCCUCCUGGUGUCCUCGUCCAUCAUCACAGUCUUCCUCUGAAGGACACGAAGAAGAUUUGAUCUUUUCUCGAUGAUUAAACCUGUAAAAUCUGUCAAAGAAAACAGAUCUUUCAAUAAAAGCAGGAUGAUCAAUCA